GGGAAAAAUAAUGAUAGAAUGGCAAUAUUCAAAUCAAAAGGAGAAACCAAAAUAUAUCCACUCGAUGCCUAGUUGUCAUCAUAUGAUUGGCUAAGAAGAAAUCGUAUAAGAUCAGAUGCGCACCUCAAAACAUUCGAAAAAAAAUCUUUCAACGGUCCACCGCCCACCACCAGAAGAAACAGAAACGCCAUCCCGCUGUGACUCUGCUUCUGAAUUCCGCAUCUCUCUGCUAAUUUCCGAUUCAUUCGUUGGAGACAAAUUGAUUCCAUCAAUGGCGAUUUGUGCUCAUUCAAAGCUCAAUUAUCUCAAUCCAUGGAUCCCAAAUUCAAUUGGAAGCGCCGGCGGCGGAGCAUCAAGAAACCGGGGCCAUGUAAUCGUGACGGUUAAAAUGGCAUCUUCUUCAUCGCCGGCGCCACCAUCUACAAGUGGAAGCGUUGGCCAAGCUGCGACGGGGUUUGAAGAAGGGCAGCUUGAAAGACCACGGUGGACCGGUGAAACUCCUCUUUCUCGGCUUGUCGGAGCCCUAAUUUCCUUCAAACCCCUCUACUCUGUCAUGAAACUUGGUGCCAGACAAGUCCUCAUAAGUACUGCUGAGAAAACAAAUAUUCCGUGGAGGGAAAUGACAAAGCAGAUACUGGAAUCGGAUGUGUAUAAAGAACUGGAGAGCGUUCAGGACCCUUCACUUGUAUAUCCUGAUUAUUACCUUAAUCCCUUCCAUGCAUAUGAUGAGGGAAACCUAUCUUGGCUGGCUGCAGCAGAAGCAGAGCCAGCAACUAUGUCGAUGAUUAGGCGAGCAAUCCCUAAUGCUUCUUCACUCGAUGAAGCUAACCAAGUAGUUCGCGGAAAUUGGCUGGAUGCAAUUGAAAAACAUCAUCGCGAGUAUUCACAAGAUAAUAUUGUUCAGGACAUACUUGAUAUUGGUUGUUCUGUUGGUGUCAGCACAAGGUUCCUUGCUGAUAAAUUUCCUUCUGCCAAAUUAAUUGGUCUGGACCUGUCACCUUACUUCCUUGCUGUUGCUCAGUUUAAAGAAAAGAACAGUAAACCAAGGGUGAAUCCCAUCAACUGGAUACAUGCUAACGGUGAAAGCACCGGCCUGCCUUCUAAAUCAUUUGACAUUGUUUCAGUUGCUUAUGUGUUCCAUGAAUGCCCAACAAGAGCUAUAACAAAUAUAGUGAAUGAAUCCUUUAGACUGCUUCGACCUGGUGGAACUUUCGCUUUGACAGACAACUCGCCAAAAUCAAAGAUUCUUCAGGAACUAUCACCAGUUUUAUUUACAUUGAUGAAGAGUACAGAACCAUUCCUGGAUGAAUACUAUUUGACAGAUGUUGAAAGAGUAAUGAGGGAAGCAGGCUUCGUCAAUGUAACUACAAUUCUCACGGACCCAAGGCAUAGGACUGUGACUGCAACUGUGCCUUAUUAACCUGCACUUCUCUCCUGAUCCUCUCAUAGAUACAACAUUUUCUGAUCAUCAUUAAUCCCUCUUUAUUUUGGUUAGUAAAACUAUGGUAUUCUUAGCGGAGAAAUGUUGAGAUUGUUUUUUGACUCUCCUGAAAUUGGUUCAUACUCGCUCAAGAGAAUGAUGGAUUUGCUCGUACAAGGCACUGCUGAAAAUGGCUCUAUAGAUUAGAGUCUAGAUAGAAAUCUACGUUUACAUGGAUUAGGAAAAAAGAAAAACUUAACUCAACUCUGUCCCAAAACUAUUGUCCAGUUUGAGAUUUCACUUUUAGUACAAUUUGAACUAGAAAUGAAAAUCCAAACUGGACAACAAUUUUGGAACAGAAGGAGUAAUACAUUAAGCACUAAACUUGCAAACCUGAAUCAUUCUCUGGAUGCCUCUUAAGAAUCUUUACCUGGUUGUUCCAGGCUCAUUAACGGUGGUACAGAAGAUUCCUGUUUCGCUGGCGAAGUUUGUUUGUUUUGUAUUUGGUAUGAAGUUGCAUUAGAAGUCUUGGCAAUAAGUCGUCAUUAGGCCAUAAAAGCUGAGAAUUUCAUGGUUAUAUCAACAAAGUGCAUAGGGCAAAUUCUCCCCAUUAUUCCCAGUAGUUAUUUUCCGAAGAGCUCAUAUCUUCACAGCAUUAUCAAUACUAGCUUCUUCUUUUUUUUUUUUUUUAUUUGUGUAUUCAUAAACAAAUUUUUGCUAGUCUUUGUGCUUUGAAUCAAAGUAGCAUAGUAUUUGGUCUUAACUAGCUAAACAUUUGUUGAUUUGAUGUUUUCCUAAGGAGAGCUACAACAUAAACCCCUGCCUGAGUAAGGUUAGUAACCAGAACAGGCAGUCAUAACCUCUGUUGUAAUCUUUCCUUGAUAGAAGGGAAAACAUCUGGCCUGAGAACGUCACUACCAGUCUUGGUGGUUAUGUCACCAAGAACAAAAAUGGUACCCAAAACUUCCUUUCUAUACAUUUGUUAUGUACAAAUGCUAUUGAAGCAGUUUGGGAUUCUAAUGGUGACAUAACCACCAAUCUUCACUACCAAUCUUGACAAAAUUUGACAUCUCCGAAGGUUCCUUUUCUUUCCUUUUUUUUUUUUUUUUGAUUUAGCCAUUCCAGGUUAAAUCAUUUCAAUCGGGAUUCGGGAGUGUCAAAUAGAAUGUUAGUUACUGUCCUUGACUCCUUGUAAUUGACAACGGUGGGCCAGAUGCUCUCUAGAGUUCCUUGCUAGAGUUUUGUUGAGUUAUUUCACCCUUCAACUCUCUCCCUCCGAAACUUCCGGUGAAACUAUCUCCUGAGCUGUUAAUUUUGAGGGGGUAAACUAACAUAGACUUCGAAGCCUGAAGGCGGAGGAGAGGGCGCCGGAAAUUGGGAGGAGUAGGACACAGGACUGAGGAGGCUGUAAUUUACAGAGAUAGGCCUAUUGGGCCUUGUUAUAUGAGUGGGCUGCUGAGUCGUUCCCUUUUACUAUAUGGUAGUUUAUUUGACCAAAACGAAAUUACUCCUGUUAUUUCGAGGUGGAUGUAAAAAUAAAUAAUGAAAUAUAAUUGUAAUUUGAAACUAAUGUGAUAGUAGUUAUAAAAACAUGUAACUGCUUUUUAUUAUUUUGAUGGUUAUUACUUUCUCCAUCCCAC